CACUCAGCAGGAGCAGCAGAGUCGCCAGAGGUUAUGUUUUUAAACGAAUGUUACUCACUCACUGAUUUAGCCUACCAACCGAACUUCGUCUAAAGGGUUUCAGUUACUAAUCAGCAGACACCACUGAUUGACAGACAUGGCGUCAGAUGAUAUACUCCAGAAAUCAGUGAGACUGCUGGACGAUGCUGUAGGUUCGCCAAUGCAAUUCCGAAGUCCAAGGCAUUCCAAACAACGCAGCAGUCUCUUCAACAACACCAUUCAGCCGUUGCGACACUCUGAUGUGCGGGCAUAUGCUCUAAACACAUCCAUCACAAUGUCUACGUCAGAAUUGGAGAACUUCUACAUGGAUUCUCCAUCUCGGGCAUCUUCUGCUCUUGGUCACCAUACCAGUGGUAUCCAACAAGCCAACUCAACCCUUGUGCAGCAGAACACGCCCAUCAGCCUCGCCAGUGACAGUCUGUACCACAGUUUCCUGGAGAGUCUGCAGGUUCACUCAUCAUCAAGGGAAGUGUUUGACACAAUCGCUGAGUUUGCUCUCAACUGUAACAAUACUCUGGAGCUGAUGAGGGAAACACAUGAUGACAAGGAACUUCAGUGGCUAGAGUUUGAACGCAACAACUGGCGACUAGUGCAGGCACUCUACCAGAACAGACUGACAUCUGAUAUGGAUGGAGUGUACGAUGGGGGAGAGGGCGAUGGAGUCAUGGACAUUGUGCAGCCUCCGAGCGAAAAGGAGAUUGUUGAAAACUUGUAUAAGACAAACACCAAGAUCAGAGAGUAUCAACUGAUUGUUGACUGGUUAGAAAAGAAUGCAGCUGAUGUAGCUGACAUGAGAACAGGACCAAAACUGCAUCAUUUCAUGGACAACACUGUAGCCUGGGAGAACACUCUGCAUCAGCUACAGAAUGAGACCGUUGCCUACCGAAGCACUAGAGAAAUAGUCAAGAGGCUUGAUCCUGAUGCUCCCUUGCGAGAAGGCAAACCUCUUCAUGAUCUAGACAUGGAGGACGAGACAAGACUGCUGAAGCAGGUGUUGGCAGAACUGAGAUGUGGCAGAAAUGACCGAGCACAAGCUCUGUGUCAUCACUGUGGCCAGCAGUGGCGGGCGGCUUCUCUAGACGGCUGGCGUCUCUACCACGAUCCCAACUAUGCUACCAAGGUGCCGACUACUGAGAAGCUUGCGGUCGAGGGUAAUCCUCAUAGAGACAUAUGGAAGCUGUGUGCGUGGCGGUUGUCAGAGAACGUGCAGGCAGGACGGUAUGCACGUGCAGUGUAUGCGUGUCUGUGUGGUAACCUGCACGCGUUGCUGCCUGCGUGUGAGACGUGGGACGAUGUGCUGUGGGCUCACACACGCACACUCGUAGACCAGAUAGUGGAGAGAGAGGUGCGCAACACCAGCCUGCGAGAGUACACUCCCAUGCCUGACUCAUACUGGGACAACAAAUUGUCCAUGGAGAACACAUUCGCAGUGCUGGACAGCAGCGCAGACGCUGUGGUCAGACAGGAGGCUAGGAGUAGAGCGAGAGUGGUACAGAAGCUGGUGAUCCUGGACCAGCUGCCACAGCUCAUGAGUCAGAUGCUAGACUGGGCCAGUCAGCCAGACUGUGAGCCGCAGAUGCUCAGGUUCCUGGCCCACAUGGUGCUCAUACUGCGCCAGUUAGGACAACCCGUCAGUCAGGAGAUUGGUGAUCAGAUCAUCAUUAUUUAUGUCAAGGUGCUGAUGGAGCAGAUGGAGCCAGUGUUAGUAGCUCACUAUACAGCCACAUUGGCACCUCAGGACCAGAUAAGUCUGUACGCAGAGUUCCUACAGAACAUAGACGAGUCUGACCUGCGCAAAGCUGCUCUGCAGGCCGCUGAGCAAGUGCAACUUCCAAUAGAGUCCAUCACUCAGCGAGUUGUUGAAAAUAUCCGCAAUGAGCAAAUAAAUGAGGUGAGCCUGUCGCUACAGUUGAAUGAUGAGAUCACAGACGAGGACAAACGCAAGAUCUCUGCCCUGGAGUGGGUGGUGUUGUACCCAGGCCAGCGGGCUGAGGCUAUCUGGCAGACCAAUGCUCUUAUUCGCACAUUUCUAGCCUUGGGAAAGAUACAAGCUGCCAAGUUGGCUUUUAGUCAGGUGCCUCCAGAGUCCAUUGACCAAGUGUUGGGACAGUUCCAAGCAGAGGAUGAUGGAGCCUCAGUCAUGUCUGACUGUCUGCCUGCUCGUGUGUCUGCAGCUAUACAAGAGUACCUCUCCUAUAAGGCAUACCUGGACGCACAGGAAGGGUUUGCUGAUUGGUUUGAGCACUAUCACCACGCCAGGCCAGUAGAGCCCCCCAGUCCUGGCCCUAGCGCCACCUUCACAGAGAAGGUAGCAUAUGAUCACCGAAUAGCAGCAUAUCACAAAGACCUAGACCGCUGGAGAGCAGCUAUGGAUCACCAGACCAAGAAUGUAAAGCAACAGCUGUACAACGUGCUUCUGUUUCCACAAGGUGGAUGGCUGGCAGAUUCAGACAAGGAGGAUAGGCUUCGAGCCCACCAGAUCAAAUCCCUCCGAACACUCUGCUUACCUAAGAUUGUGUUACUGCUGCAUACUGUACUUCAUUCAAUGGAGUUGUUUAAAGAAGCUAUCCAGUUGGCUGAUUUAGUGGUUGAUGAACGAUAUCAUCUUUACAAGGUGUACUCCAAGCAGCAGAUGGGAGAGCUACUGAGCAAGAUCAGAGAGUCUUCACUAGCAUCUCUAGGACAAGGCAGGGAUCCUUGGAGUCACCCAGUCAUGUCCUGAACAGGACCUGUGGUUUUCGAGUCAUCAUCUAAGUGUAGUAUUUUCCCCCUUAUUUACUUUGUAAAUUUAAAAAUAAGUUUUAUACUAUUUCCAGUGAUUUAAUAAAAUAAAAACUAUUCUAUUUAA